AUGUUGAAGGGUCUUGUAAGGAUUUGGUUCAACAGGUUGACGCCUAACUCCAUCAAUAAUUUCAAGGAGCUAAGUGCCCAAUUUGCUUCACACUUUAUCCAGGGGCAUAGGUAUAAGAAGUCUACUGUGUGCCUAAUGAGCAUUAAGCAAUGGAAGGAUGAGACACUGAGGUCUUAUAUAGCCCGCUUUAACAAAGAAGCACUUUCAAUUGAUGAAGCUGACGACAAGAUACUGGUAGCCGCAUUCACAAAUGGAUUGUGGAAAGGUAAGUUUCUAUUUUCCCUAUAUAAGAACGACCCAAAGACUAGAUCAGAUGUGCUUUACAGAGUGACCAAAUACAUGAAUGCGGAAGACACACUUUUGACCAAAGCGGAGAAACCCAAGAAGAGAGAAAGACAGGAAGACAUGCAGCAGGACAGAGAGCGGAAGAUGGCAAGAACUGGAGAACGAAGGGAGGACAGGCACUUUAAGCCCCCCGCGGGGAAAUUCAAGAGCUUCACUCUGCUAACUGCCUUGAUCGACCAAGUUCUGAUACAAAUUAAGGACGAAGGAGCCCUAACCUUUCCUAGAAAGCUAAAGGGUGAUCCCGAUAAGAGGUCUAAAGACAAAUACUGCCAUUUCCACUAUGACCAUGGUCAUGACACAGUCGACUGCUACGACUUGAGGCAACAGAUCAAAUCCCUCAUCAGGAAAGGGAAGUUAUAG